AAGUAUAUUCAAAUCGGAUUUUCUUCAACUUUUUGAGAAAGGGAAAUCUAUUGGUCUCUCUCGGUCUUGGUCAUCGCAUAAUAAAUCUUCACGGAAAAUUGUAAAGGGUGGAAGGGCACAGCGAGAACGAGAGCCGAGUAGUGAAACUCUCUCUCUAUUAGAAUCAGGCGAGAAAAGGGAAGAAAAUCCCCAGAGAAAAGCGUAAAAUCAGAGUGUUAAGAGGGAGAGCAGAUCUUCCAUGAAAAGAUACCUCUGAGAAGAUCCCACCUUCUGCUGUCCGUAUACUGGUAAAACCAAUACACAGCACAACCCAAUUGCUCCUCCGCCUUUCUGUAGAUUGAUUCCCAUUUCUCUCGUUCGUUCCCUCCCUUUUUCUCUGCCCCUUCUGUAAGUCCUCUCCUCUUUGCCAGGGAUAGUUGAAAGGGUUUUCUCAUUUUUUGUUUUUGUUCCCUAAGAGUAGAGAUAGAGAUAUAGAGAGAGGGCGGAGAUGUUUGGAGCGGCCACAGAAAGGUCUUCUUUCUGUUGCUUCCAUCCUGGAGUGUUGGCUGUCAAUGUGGGUCUUGCUUCUGUCGACUGCAUUCUCGCCUUCCUUGCAUUCUAUCAGCUGAUAAGAAUUCACUCAAGGAAUGUACGACUUGGAUGGACCCGGCAAAAGGUGUUUCAUGUACUGGUUGGUUCUUCUAAUCUUGGAUACUUUCUUUAUUUCGCAACAAGUCCCAUAGCCUACCAUAACAAAUGGCUAUGCUGGUCAUACGCCUGUGGUUUUAUCCUCAUGGCCUUCUCCAAGAUUUUGUUUUUUGCGGCAUUUCUUCUGCUUUUGUCCUUCUGGGUGGACCUUUGUCAUCAGGCUGAUGAUGAGGAUUAUGAGGAGGAAGACUUCAGUUUCUAUGAACCUUUGUUGGAAAUGCCACCAGAGCACUCAGGCUCAAUGCACGGAGAAUCUCAGAGAGCAUGUUUACCAUUUCGCUCGAUCCGUGUUGGAAGUCGUCAAAGAGUUGUAAUUUUGGUCAUUGUUCUUGCAUUUGUUUCAACAAUGACAUGUGUGGCAUUAUUCUGGAUUGACAUGAGCAAUGGCUUUACUCAUUCAUCAUUAUUGGCCAUGGUCUAUGAAGAUAUAGCUGACGUGGUAAUGCUAUUGCUAGGUGGAGCGUUGGCUUGUUACGGCCUUAUACUGUACCUGAAAAUGAGGCGAGUGAGAUCAGAGAGAGCUGCCUCGGACAUAUGGAAGGUAGCAGGCUUGGCAGUUGUAGCUGUUAUAUGUUUCACCACCAGUGCUCUUGUUGCUUUUUUGGCUAAUAUUCCAGUUCGUUACAACUGGCAGCAACUUGACGGAAAUGGUCUUCUUACUUCUGUUUUAUUGAUUCUAUACUAUUUCAUAGGUUCUUCUGUACCCUCAGCAUUUCUGCUGUGGAUAAUGAGAGAACUACCACCACCUUUAGUGUCUAACGUACCUGAAGAAUCAAUGACAAUUACUUUUGUUAGUGAUAGUGCCGGAGUGACGCACAAUCCUCAGCGAUGGACUACCUCAGCAAGCUUGCAGAACCAGGUUUGCAUUCUCUGUAUGCACUUAACUAGCAUGCCUACAAGUUGUUUAUACAUGUGGUAGCUGUGGCCCUUAGGGUUAUAUAUAUUCACGACAACAACAACUAUUGUGUGUGCUUGAGGGUGACGCUUUAUUUUUGUUAGACAAAGUCUGACUAAUUUGCUUGAGCUGUCAAUUUCUUUUCCUUCUUCCAAACCCUGUGCUAGUGAAAGUAAAGCCCAUGGAUGAUGCAUGAUACCGAAAUGUUGAUUGAUUUGCCAGCGGGGUGAAAAGCAAGCAAUACUUUCUCCUGAAGCAAGACAGAGAUUGUCUGGAUCAAAAAGUUCGUCCUCCUCAUCAGAUCACAAAUUCUUGGACUGAAUCGAGUUCCCAUCCAGUCUGGUCCCUCUCCCUCUCUAUCGCUGUGUACUUUUGAUAAGUUAAAAGAGUCUUCCUGGUGAGAGAACUGAAAAGAGAAGUGCAUCGACAUUUCGCUGAAUCAAACGACCCUUUAUCACAGCCAGAAAAGAUGGAUAAAUCAACUUCUGCCCGUGCAUGUACUGCUUGGUGUUUGGUUUGCCUUCCAAGAAGAAUGUAUUUAGUUCUUGUCUUAACGUGUCUUCUUCCACGCCAAAAUUUGCCUGAUACAAAUAGGAAGGAUAUGGUUACUUGAGAUGAGAACUGUUAAACCAGGGCAGACGGAUGGGAUAACUGUUGGUUUUCGAGUGCAGGUAUCAAGAGCCAGUCCAAUAUAGUCGGAGGGGGGAAGGACUACUGAACUGUCUUGGUGACCGGAACUGGUGAAUUGUUCUAUGAAAGUUUGAACGGUGAAGUUCCAUUGAUGUUGACAACCAAAGAACGGGAACGAAAGGAGAUGAGGGGAAGAUUAACCCUAAGGUUUUGCCGGCCAACCAUUGCUUCUGACUUCUGUAUGUAAAUAACAGAAGGCUUUAACAUUUAUUUUCACCUCUUUCUUGUUUCUCCCUCCUUCCUUCCUUCCUAGUCUCGUUAUCCUGGAUGAUCCAACCUAGCUUAACCUGACAUUCAGCUGCUAGCAUUUUCUAUAAUGCUUACGGAUGCUUGUUAUGAUUCUUUUGAAGCAAAAAUCCUCAGAUAGAUGAUGGUGUAACUGAAAUUGGCGUGACUUCUUUGCUUCUGCUCAGUCUGAUAUGAAUUUUUUUUUUCUUUUUCUCAAGGGUUGAGUUAGCCCUUUAUUUCUGUCUCUGCAGGUAGGGG